AUGAGCGAACUAUUUAUUGACGAGAUUGAUGUUGUAGAAAGUGUUGAAAUUGAGGAAACGGAUACGACUAUGCAGGAUAUGGACGCAAAAGAUGAGGGAAUUGUCAAAAGUGUGCCGGUGAUCUUGUCCAACACUGUAGGAAACCGGUUAGCGGUGUUGCAGUACCCCACCCGAAAGGCUACCGCUCAGAACAAGGCGCAGGACGUCGUUCAAGUGAGAGUCAAGCCCCAGAGCCAGGUCAUUGAGACUGAUAUAUUCAGUGGCCUGCCUGAGGUUUACGUAGAUGCCGAAAAAGCUACGAAAUGGGGCGAUGAAGGAAUACAAACGUUCACUGGACUGCUCAAGCCCGGUAAUGGUCGCUACGCAGUAGGUAAGGUCGUUGACGGGGAAUUGCACUUGAGCAUAGUGUCUCAAACCACUCAGCUUCGACCCCAGUUUGUCCGGUACGACCAGGCAUCUAGCGAAAGCAAAGAAAUCACGUUUAUUCGCCCCGAGGCACCUGCCCCGACCUCUGCCGCGGCCAGAACCGUCCAAAUGUCGGCCAAGACGUCUGGCGAGCAGUCAGUCAAGUUCUCUGAGGUCCUGGAGUUCUGGAAAGAAGCAGACGAGGAGAAAUUUGUUAGCAAAAGCGUGCAGCCCGGCGACCAAGGAGAGCUAGUUGGCCAGUCGAAGGCUCCCAUCGACGCUGCAGGGGACUAUGGCAGUAAGUUGGAGUUUAAUUUAUAG